CUCGAAGUUUCAAUUGAAAGGAAGAAAUAAUUGUUAGAAAAGUGAUAGAAUCGAUUAUCGAAAUUUGUUGUAAGGAAUAUAUACCCACAUACGCUAUAGGAGUCUUCAGAAUGUUUAACUUGUGCUAGUGCGUGUAAUUCUGUUAAAAUUCUGCGCGGGUGAGAAAAGUGAUCCUGAAAGUGUUCUAUGCCGCAGAUCUGCGAGGAAAAUGCCAGUGACGCCAUUAAAGAUAGAUGCAUUUGAGGAGGGUCGUCUAAGAGAUUGGCAGCCUCGUAGGUCUCAGUACAAGGUGCCGCUGAGGUUAUUGCGAUUGUGUUUGCUCGGAAUGUUUCUUCCCUCUGCAUUGGUAGCGGGGCCGAUGUACUUGCGAUAUCGCGUAUAUUCCGAGCAAUUGUACCCUGUAACCGUCUCCGAUCAGAGGCUUAUCGAUGCCAAAGUAUCGACAACUUGGUGCCAGAGUCAGGUGAUAAAAGUUAACGCGACGUUCAACGCUUAUCUGAUGAGCGACGAGCCGAAAGUCGAGAACGACAUGCAAGCCGUUUCGAUGACCAGACACUUGAUUUUGGAGGACGACAUGAAGGAAUAUUGGGGAUUUUAUCUUCUUCGCGGUAGCAGCGUAACAGUCUCCACUUGCGUCAGAUGGCCCGGCGCUUCUUUGACGAUAAUUCGUGGGCACAAACAUCUUCACGAGUGCGCAUUCAUUGGUGACGACAGCAGCGAAGAGCUGGAGGAACUUCUAGAAGUCGCCAAUGAGACCGGGCUUCUUUCCACGAACGGAGUAGAUGAGAACGAGAGUCCAAGCAACGCGCCAGAGAAGAUGAAGAGGGCCCAGAAAGGUGUACAGUUCCACCACAAGGACCACGCACUUCCUCAGAACAGCUCGAGGCACGUAACGAAUUCAAUGAUGCACCACUAUAAUAGCCACGAGUUAGACGCGAAGGCGAUGAGAACGAUUCUCACCGAGCUGUUCGUCAAGACACUCGACACGAAGAAGAAGCAAAAGGAGAAUCCCCAUCAUCAUUACGAGGGUACCUUCGUGGAAGCGGCGAAUAUCGAUAAACCGCCUGUCCAAUAUUCUUCUCGCGUUGUACAAGAAACAACUAGCCAAUACACGGAAGAAAGGACAAUAAAAGGGUCGGAGGUGCUUUCGCGGAAAGAAAGCGAAGCCACGACGGAGGAGGUUAAAUCGAGCACCGUGAUCAACGGGGAAUUGAAGCAGCAGAACGGAAAACGCGAUAAAUCGGAGCAAGAUGGCGUUCCGCAAAAACAAACAACCGAGAAGGAAAUAAUUAGUGAGCCUCAAGGGAAAUUAGGAGAAUCAACGUCUGCGGAGGUGUUCCGCGAUGUUUUGGAUAGACUCAAUUCGCUGGGUUAUCGCGGACAGAAGAUGCUGAAGAGAUUGGUGGACGAAAUCGAGAAGAAAGGAGCCGAGGGCGACACGUUGCGGCAGGCGGUGGACGAGUCAAUGAAGAAUCAGAAGCUCACGGAGGCUGAGAAACGAAGAAGACGAAGGGACCUGAUCUUGUCCUCGCCUCUUCAGAAGGAACUAACGGAAGAGGAUUAUGACGCGGAUGCUGCUGUCGAGGAGGAUAUGUUGCAUCCAGAUGGCAUUGCUGAGGACAGGGGGACCGUGAACGAGACGACGCUGAACGACAGAAGCAACUCUGAGUUCUGGAGCUCUUUCAGCAGCUCCGAGGAGCGAUUACUGGAAUGCAAGGGGCUGAUAUUAAACUUACCCUUAACUCCGCAUCGGCAUUGCACACCGAAACACGAGGACGAGCAUUCAUCGGUCUCGUUUGCGAAUACGGUGACGUACAGAGUCCCCACGAAUGGUUACUAUUUCUUCGUCUUCAACUCCGAGAACGAGAUCCAGCCGAACUACGUGCGUGUGCGUUUCGAUCUUCUGAAGACCGUCUACAACACAUCGAAUCCCGUUCACGCAUGCAAAAACAGCACCGCCGAAUGUUCGUUGCCGUUCAAGCUUUUCAGCAAGGAGAGAACGGUCCUCGAGCUACCAUUGAGUGGCAACGACUCGCAAUGGAACGAGGAAUACGUGGUGGUGUCGACGUGCGAGCCCAGAACAGCUGUUUACCUGCUCUGCGUCAUACUGGUCCCACUGCUGAUCCUCGUAUUUGCCUUUCAUUGA